AUGUGUAUACCAUGCGGCCUAAGCAAUAUACCCCAAUUGUGCCGCAAUAUUUCUUAAGUACCAGAGAGAAUCCUAUAAUCGAAGUAUGUUGUGUUCCUCAGAUUGACUGGUUGUUGUUUUUCUGUCUUCGUCUCUCUCGAAACGGAAGUGGCUGUGUCUGUGAAAGCAUAAUAUCGGCUGGCCUUGGAAAGCGGGAGGUUAGUGGCCUUAAGCACGCGGGAUUGUUUACCCAGUGACAGCAUGGAAGUUGGUUGCCAUUAACGUGGAUCAUCUUAUGUUAACCCCGGCUGGACCAUACAAUCAGCCGUGGGUUGAGAUUCAGAACAACAACAAAAAGCAGAUACCCUUAUUCAUUUUGUGUAGUCCAUGGCGUGGCACAAGCACGAACACGUAAUGCUCAUGGAUAAAAAUAAACCAAAAAUGCCAGUAGCACCUGGUGGCGGAGGAGACAUGUCUCUUAGCCAAAGGCGGCAUGUUCCUCUCUAUGGCCGCUUAGUAGCUGAAGACACUUUGGGGAUCCCACCGAUGACAAAUUCCUCAUCCACUGAUAUUCAAGCAAUGCAAGCAAGAAUACCUCCUACCUUUAGGGACUCAUCCUCAGCACCCCUUAGAAAACUUAGUGUUGAUUUAAUCAAGACUUAUAAACAUAUAAAUGAAGUGUAUUACGCUAAGAAAAAACGAAGGGCAGCCCAAAUUCAAGGAGAAGAUUCUUCUCAUAAGAAAGAGAGGAAGAUAUACAAUGAUGGUUAUGAUGAUGACAACCAUGAUUACAUAGUGAAAAAUGGUGAAAAGUUCCUGGAGAGAUACGAAAUUGAUUCUCUUAUUGGCAAAGGUUCUUUUGGUCAAGUCGUAAAGGCAUUUGAUCAUGUUGAACAAUGCCAGGUGGCUAUAAAGAUUAUUAAAAAUAAGAAACCUUUUCUUAACCAGGCUCAAAUUGAAGUUAAGUUAUUAGAAAUGAUGAAUAGGGCCGACGUUGAGAAUAAAUAUUAUAUAGUUAAAUUAAAAAGACAUUUCAUGUGGAGAAAUCACUUAUGUCUCGUGUUCGAACUAUUAUCUUAUAAUUUAUAUGAUUUACUUCGAAACACCAAUUUCCGUGGUGUAUCAUUGAAUCUCACAAGAAAAUUCGCGCAGCAGCUCUGUACAGCCUUACUCUUUCUUUCUACUCCUGAACUGAAUAUCAUACAUUGCGAUCUGAAACCGGAAAAUAUUCUACUAUGCAACCCAAAAAGGUCAGCUAUUAAAAUAGUUGAUUUUGGAAGUUCUUGCCAACUUGGUCAAAGGAUAUAUCAAUACAUUCAGUCAAGGUUUUAUAGAUCGCCUGAAGUACUUUUAGGAAUUCCAUAUGAUUUAGCUAUAGAUAUGUGGUCUUUGGGAUGCAUAUUGGUGGAGAUGCAUACAGGAGAACCUUUAUUUAGUGGUGCCAAUGAAAUUGAUCAGAUGAAUAAAAUCGUCGAAGUUCUGGGUAUGCCACCCAAGCAUCUUCUAGAUCAAGCUAAUAAAACGAGAAAAUUUUUUGAAAAAUUACCAGGAGAGAGAAGGUACAUACUGAAAAAGACUAAAGAUGGUAAAAAAUAUAAAAUACCAGGUACCAGAAGACUUCAUGAUAUCUUAGGUGUAGAAACAGGCGGCCCGGGAGGAAGACGGGCAAACGAAGUCGGUCAUACGAUGUCUGAUUACUUGAAAUUCAAAGACCUAAUUCUCCGUAUGUUGGAAUAUGACCCUAAAACAAGAAUUACCCCAUAUUAUGCUUUGCAGCACAAUUUCUUUAAGCGUACGUCAGACGAAAGCACAAACACCGCAAAUAGUACGAGUUCCAGUCCUGCAGUCGCUUCUUUGGAUAUGUCUUUGACAAAUUCUGGUAGUCAGCAUGGCCAACGCAAUGGACCCCCUCUUCCAUUCGAUUCGUUAGGAAAUUCGUCGUCAAGAUAAUUUCAAAGUUUUUAAGUUAAUAGAGGUUGAAGUGUACAAUUGGAUCGUUAAAUUAAACACUCUUAGAGGGUUAAACUUAGCCGGUCGUUCAAAGGAUUUAUCUGAACAAACCUACCUAUCUUCAGCAUACACAUCAAUGGAAUGUGACCCGUCGCCGUCUCGUCACAUACAUCGGCAGCGGUUUCAAUCCUCCAUGUUAAAUCACGGGCCACCAUCCCUUCAGUAUGUACCCUAUCCAACAACUAGAAUGGAAAGCACGCCCCCCAAGCACAAUCCCCCUAAUAAGACUAACGAACAAGAAGACAGUCCUAUGGUUUGUGUUCAGCAGAGUCCAGUGGUCAUUCACUGAGAUUCAACGUCUCUUCGGCCUUUAUACACAAGCAAAAACUUAGCCAAAAGACUUUUAAUACUAACUAGAAAAGUAAUUUACAGUGAUUACUUAUUGUGAUUUGUGAUGUUGAAAUAACUGAUAAAUGACAUUUUCCAAUUAGGCAAUAUACGUGUUAAGUGUUGUUCAUGUCGAUUUAAUAUGAAAAUGAGACGAGAAUUUUCGAUAUAAAUGAACUGUUAAAGCAAAGACGUCAGCUUGGAAGUGCUUGCUCCCUUGGCAUUCAGCAAAGCUAAAACUUGUACAUGUUUUAUUAUACAAAAGAUUUUAUUACAUCAAUUAAGUCAGUCAAAUGAAGAGUAAUUUAUGAGGAUUAUUCAAAUAUAUUGAUAAUUAUACUUCCUAUACAUUCUUUACCACAUCCUUUAUAUCCUUUCCUAAUAAAUAAGUUAAUGG